AUGCCUUUACAAACUAUGCCGAUACAAACAAGUCCACCGUCCUUCCCGGACUCGUUCCCUUCGUUCAUGUCCGUAUAUGGCCAAUACAAAGAGGAGGAAAGCUCGUUUCAUUCUCUACUCCCAUCCCACGUCGUCAACCCGCGACGUCUACUCCCUUCCCACCGCAAGAGUGUCUCAUCAAUGACAUCAGUCUCUACUGAAUCCUCACCCACCAACACCGUCUCUCCGUUCGACUCGCCCUUGACAAGUGAAAUCACUCCCAGUUCUUCGCCGGAGUCUCCAUCGGCCAUGCCUCUGUCGUACCCCAAAUUCCCCCCACCUUCUCGCGCUCUCGACAUUACCCCGCGACCCAUGAUGCCACCAGAUAACGCGCGACUCGUACCAACUCCCCUCGAAGCGCGCCCCACGUCGCCAGGAUCUCGCGCACGGAAUUUGAAAAAUUUGUCGCUUCGAAUGCCACCUUCGUCCCGCGGUCGCCCACCAAUUGCGACAGCCUCUGUAGCGGAAUCAUCUAAAAAAACCCUUUCUUGCCCUCCUUCCCCCAUCCAGAUUCCCCAACAGUCUAUCCGACGGCGUCCUGCCAAUUUGAGCAUUCGAACUCCCGGCAUCAAUAAGUCAUUUACUACCAACGGCUCUGAUAUCGUUCCCCCAACACCCUUACUGAAUCAACACCACUCUUUGCGACAUUCCGAGUCAAGUCCCUCGCUGGCAUCCAUCUCCUCGCCUGCCUUUGGUCCCCCAGGUGGAUUGCAUUUUCCCCCAAUAAGGUCAAGGCGUGGCACGCAUAAUUCAGUCUCUUCAUCCGAGGAGACACAUUCUCCUCUGACAUCGAUGCCUGAAGAUGGAAUCGUGGUAUCGCAUCGAAUUAUUCAGGAAAAAGACGAGAAUGAUGUCCACAUGGACUCCCGAGAAUCCACGCGCAAAGCCGAUCGCGGAUAUCCCGAUGGGCCCAUACGGAUACACGAUUCGGGAGUGUUUCUGUAUUUGGAGCCUACCGCUGAGGAAGCAUCCAAGUUCGACGUGGUAUUUAACGUUGCCAAAGAAGUCGCAAACCCAUUCAGUACUGAUCAGAAGGAGCAACCCGAUACUGUCAUGAGUACCUGGCGCAACGCUCCCAGGGCCUCCAAUCCCUUCUCCAAAGACUCUCCCUUGACUGCCAUGUCGGAACUCUCUUUCAAGUCGGCAUUCGACUUCCAGCCAGAAUCUGAAUCCACCACUCCAGCCCCAUCGACCCCAGAAUACAUCCAUGUCAGCUGGGACCAUAAUUCGGAGAUCCUGGACGAUCUGCUUCCUUUGUGUGAGCUGAUUGACGACCGCAUUUCCCAGGGAAAAAGGGUUCUGGUGCAUUGUCAACUUGGUGCUAGUCGCUCGGCAUCGUUAGUCAUCGCGUACGGUCUGUACAAGAACCGUCAUUUGGACUUUAAUGCGAUGUAUGAAAUUGUCAAGGGACGCAGCCAGUGGGUGGGGCCCAACAUGAGCCUCAUCUACCAGCUGACCGACUUCCGCGGCCGGUUGCUGCGAGGCUCACCGUCAAGACCUGCCCCAGAGGAAUGGUUCAUGGAUAGCCCGCGGCGCAGUUCUGAGCCUCAAACCAGCCUAGAGGAACGAGCAGCCAGGGAGGAGUCUGCGUAUUCCACUGGUCUGCCACCAGUGUCAUGUCUGGCCCCUCCUUCAAUGCCAGGACGUCCUCGGACCAGUGGUACUGGGGCUAGAUCUCCUAAACGUAGUCUGUCUCCACGUCCAUUGCCAUUCCGCCAAAAGUUCCCAUCCUUGGAACCAUCUUUGGAACCUACAUCUGGUCGUCCACGAAAGCUGCCACGCAGUGUGAGCAGCACUUGUGCUCCGGUUGUCCAAACGCGCGUUGUAAUGCGCAAUUUUUCGGCAAAUGCUGGUCUGUUCUCGCCGAGAACUGGUGGCUUCCUGACCCCAGCUCAACCUGUGACUUCCUCUCCUCCUCGUGCUCCAACUAUUGAGAGUGUGGUAGAGGUCCCCAAUGCUGUGCAAUAUGCCACUGAAACAGCUGAUCCUCGUUCGCCUCCUGUGGGAGGAACUGAAAAACUCAUGAUGAGAAACAUCUUUGAUUUCCUUUAA